AUGUCAAAAGCCAUUGAUACUCUUUUGGAAGCAUAUAAACAAGAAAAGGCUUUUACGGCUCCACCUUCAGAGCUUCAUGAUUUGGCCAAACAGUCGCGCUACGUACUUAAGACGCAGCGAGGUAGCUUAGACGAUUCUACCACGUGGAACCUUGUGCAACAACACUUUUACCUCAUGCUCAUGACUGGCGAUGACGCUGCAGCUGAACUAGCGUUGCAAGAGCUGAAGGCCCGUUUUGGUGAGGAUAAUGAGCGUAUUGUUUUGUGUCAAACCCAAUACAUUGAAGUGACUGAAGGUCUGGCCAAGGCCGAGGAGUUUCUCAAGUCGCGGGACGAAAAGGAGAUUAUUCCUAUGAAGCGAAGAAUUGCACUUGACAAAUUUAGAAACGAUUACAAGACAUUUAUUGGAAACUUAAAGGUUCUUGUAGGCUAUAUUCCGAUUGAUGCAGAAAUGUGGGCCGAGCUGGGUGAAGCCUACAGCACAAUUCAAGAAUACCGGAAAGCCAUUUUCUCAUACCAGGAGGUCCUGCUGUUUGCCCCUCAGGCAUAUAAUAUAUUUGCCCGUAUCGGUGAGCUUUAUCAUGCAGCGGCACUUCAAGAGGCUGGGAGCUUAGACUCUGUUUCUUCGCUUAAUAACGGUACCAAAGAGAACGUAAUAAAUUCUCUUAAGCAAGGGUUGAAGAACUUCCUGCGGUCAGUUGAGCUUUGCCCUGUGUAUAUCCGCGGCUGGGCUGGCGUGCAGGUGGUGAGCACCGAGGCACUUAAAUUCAUCGAAGCUGGCAAGGCUUCGUCUCUUCUCACAGAUAAGGAGCUCAAAUACUUUAAGCAGUUUGCAGAAAUUUCUGAGCGUAAUCUGCUGUAUGCAUCAAGCGAAAAGGGUGCCAGCAAAACUGACAUUGAAGCGGCCAAGGCUAUUUUACGGGAUUAUUAA